UGGUCACACUACUGGCACCACCGGGAUUUUAAGGGGCGAUGUGGAUGUGUCGCUUCUAGCUUUUGUUUUUUGGCUCGCAGUGACAGCUCUACUUUCCACUCCAGUCCACAUCCGAUUAUAAUCUCCCAGCAGCACCCAGAACCAAAAACUGAACGGCAGGAACUCAUCGGAGCGUAACCCUCGACUCCACCGGUGGCCGGCGAGAUGGCUCUGCCCUCGAUCUCGACGCUGCUGGGCGUGGCCUUCCUGGCGUACAUCGCCCACUCCAUCUACCAAAUGUCGCAGCUCUUCACGACGCUCCAGUGCAGCGGCACUCCGUGCUACACCUCCUUUCUGGCGGACAAGCCGCACCUCCAACUGGCGCUCUUCUCCUCCCAGAACCGGCAUCCGAUUGCCUCCGAGGUGCGGGACCUGUACAAGACCAAGAGGUUCGACUAUUCCAAAAACUUUGAGCACGACUUUGAGCUGGACAUUCCGCUGAAGACGCGGAGAAAUGGAUCGCUCUACUUUCAUGUAGUUCUGGCGCUGGAGGGUGAGCCCCUGGAGUGGCGCAGCCUCCGACGGGAUGGACCCACCGUAAUCCACACUCUCAGCCUCACAGAUUACAUGGUACCUCGGGCAGAGGCCUUUAAUCUGCUGGGCGACGCAGAAAAGCCAAGAGCAUCCGCAAAGGAGAAAGACAACCAGAAGGCCAGCUCCAACGAGCGUCCCAGCACCCAUAUUCGGUCCAAUGUGUACGUUACUCUCUUGACGGAUUUGUUUGCCGUCUCACAAGCUGAUGUGCCGCCGGAAAUGGCACCCCUGAUACGCGUAAAUAGGAUGCAACAGAUCCUGCCCAUUGUACAGACUGAUACGUUUAAUACGCGGCUGAAGGACCUGGUUCCCGUUACCAAGAACACCACCGAGUUCACCUUCACCUUCCACUACAAGCCCGUGGGCGUGGGCAAGCUGCGACUGAUGCUCCUCAUGGAGCACGCCACCCAGGCUCUGCGCACCAUCGGCUUUGCCACGAAGGACAUUGACGAGGUCAAGGGGAUCUUCUCGGACACCAAUGUCUAUCUGUUGUGUGGCACCAUCUUUGUGUCCAGCAUCCAUAUGCUCUUCGACUUUCUCAGUUUCAAGAACGACGUGGCCUUCUGGCGAAAGAAGCAGUCGUACGAGGGUCUCUCCACCCGCACCACCAUGUGGCGUGCCUUCUCGCAGAUCGUCAUCUUCCUGUAUCUGAUGGAUGAGAAUACCUCCUACCUGGUAUUGGUCCCAGUCGGCCUGGGCGCCCUCAUCGAGCUGUGGAAAUGCAAGAAGAUCCUGCGCCUGGAUCUAAGUUUCUCCGGUCUGGUGCGUCGGAAGCUGGACCAGAUCGAUCGCCGGAAUGGCAACCAGCCGGAGGAGCGGGAGAAGGAACAGCUGGCGGAGGAGCAAACGGAUCAGUUCGAUCGCCAGGGCAUGAGGUAUUUGAGCUACCUCCUGUAUCCCCUGUGCCUGGGAGGUGCUGUCUACUCGCUUAUCUAUCAGCCGCAUCGCUCCUGGUACUCGUGGACCCUGAACUCCCUCGUCAAUGGCGUCUAUGCCUUCGGUUUCCUGUUCAUGCUGCCGCAACUGUUUGUCAACUACAAGCUCAAGUCCGUGGCCGCCUUGCCGUGGCGGGCUUUCAUGUACAAGGCCUUCAAUACCUUCAUCGAUGACUUCUUCGCCUUCAUCAUCACCAUGCCGACGGCUCAUCGGGUGGCCUGCCUCCGCGACGACAUCGUCUUCCUCAUCUAUUUGUAUCAGCGCUGGCUGUAUCCGGUGGACAAGAGUCGCGUGGACACUGGUCUGGCCAUUGGCGAGACCCCCGACUCGGCAACCUCCACCUCGGUAUCCACCAGUCGCAAGAAGCGCAAUUAGCUCACCUUCCAAGCGGAACCACACAAGCACAUUCCGUCUCUAGCAUUAGGUCUAGCCUAGGCACAUAGUCAAUUCGCAUUUUGAUACGCAUGUUAUGUAACAGAAAGAUCCAACUCCGUCUCUUUAGUUUAGUAGUGAAAUAAACCGAAAACCUCUGUAGAAGA